CGUCAAAACCAAAACCAACCAACACCAUUCAUUGACCAUUCCAUCCAUCGUAUACGUGGCGGUGUCUACGUUUUGCUGGUAUAAUAAUUUAGGAAUUCGGCUUCUCUUUAUUAAUCAAUUAUUUAUGAUUGGUAACAGUUUUUUGAGAGUGUAUGUUUAGGUUCUGCUACAAUGGACUUAUUGACAGGUGGACUGUGUUUGACAUUAGCUGUAGUAUCUGCACUUGUCUUAUACUUUAUAUCAGUGUCAUCUAUGAAAGAGAAAACCUAUGAUGAAGUGAAAGCUGAGCAGAAAAAGAAAGCAGAAGAAUACCUUGCCCAAGGUCGAUCUGCAAAAGAAAAGGCUAAAGAUAAGAAGUUGAAAAAAGCUGGCAAAAAAGUGAAAGAAAAAUCGAAUGUUGAAUCAAACGAAUUAUCAUCUGAUGAAGUAGAGCAUGGAAAGGGACAUGUUGCAUUUGUGGAACCCCCAAUAGUUCUUGAUGAGCAGCCACCUACGGUUGAAGAUAAGAAGAAAAAGAAGAAUAAAAAGAAAGAAAAACCAAUUCUUAUCAACAAAAGUGAAAUCACACCGGUCAUUGAUGUACCGGAAGUUCCUACCAAAAAUCAUUUUGAACAGAUUGUUCCCAAGGAUGAUUUCACUUUAAAACAUAGUAUUAGUCGAGAAGAUGUUCAGACAAAGCCCAUUGAACUUCAAUCAGUUCAAAAACAAUCAUCUAGCAGCAAACAGACAAAAACACAGGUUAAAGAACAACCUAAGGAGUUGAAGAUAGAAAAAGUUCAGGUUCAAAAACAAGUCCAACAACUCGUGAAACCGACUGAAAAAGCUGUUGUGUCUAAAAUGAGCGAUAAACCAAUAAAUAAACCUCAAGAAAAAACCGUUAGCCAGAAGCCGGCUGAAGAAGUUGUUAUGAAAACUUCUGUGAAACAAGUUCAGAGUGCUUCUGUGGAACAUGUCUCACCUUCUGCUAAGAACAACCGCAAGAAACGCAGUGAACUUUCAACUCUACAUCAAAUGAGUGGGGACAAAGAAGCUGUGAAUGUCAACUUGUUGAUGCCCCUUGUUCACAAAGCUGAAUUGUCUCGCACAGAGAUUCAAGUGCUCAUCGACUUACUGCUCAACAAGCAACAAGGUUCAUCCGUUGAGAGUGCUGAGUGGAUAGAGGGACGGCAAGAUCCUGUAAUGAAGCUGAAAAAGCAGCUGGCAGAAAAGGAGAAGGCAUUGGUCGAGGAGCAAGAUGCUGCUGCAGCUCUUCAGAACAAACUGCGUGAGCUGAGACAAGAGCUUAACACAGAGAAACAAUCCACCAAACAGAUGGAGGAGGCUCUACGCUCUAAAGCAACUGAGGUGGCUACCAUGGGCAUGAGACUGCAGACCUUUGGUGAAGAGAAGCAGAAUCUAAUGAAGCAAAUGCAACAGCUGCAGAGCAAGCUGAGUGAAGAGCACAUGUUGCUAUGCAAGCUGCAGGAGGACCAGUCACAGACACAGGGGGCCAUGCAACAGGAGUUGCUGGCUCAGAGACAACAGCUGGAGAUGCACAUUGCACGGCUCACAGAACAACACCAAGAGACUGUUGCUGCGAUGGAAGGUCAACUACAACAGCUAGCUGGUCAGCUACAAGAACAAGAGGCUGUUAACACACAGCUCAGCGGAGAGCUUGCGUUAGCACGGGACUCUAGGCAGAUCAAGGAACUUCACUCUGAAAUGGAGCGUUUGAAAUCAAAAUCUCAGUAUGAUACAAGCCGUCUCCAGAAUGAAGUUAGUUCCUUAACAGAGCAACUAAACAUGAAACGUUCCGAAAAUGACAAACUGAGCAGCUUAGUGCAGACUUUGCAAACUGAAAACAACCGGCUGGCUCAUCAGAUAUCAUCAGCGUGUGUGGAAGCUCAGCGACUGAGGGAUGACAAUGAGAGCUUGGCGGCUCAAGUGACGGCCUCCAUGGAACGACCGGCCACCGAGGGUCGAGAGAAUGGGGACCACUCCUUCAUUGAGACUAAACACCACAACUCAGAAAAGUCACUGGAAAAUGAAACAUUACUGGAAAAUCUGAAGAGUGAUAUUGUUUGUAAAGAAAAAGAGUUAAGCAAUUUAAAGACUGAAUUAGCACAAAACGAAACGGCAAUGAAUUCCCUAAAAGCUGAUCUAAGUACAGCACAUGCAAAUUCUGAGAAAAUGCUCAAAGAAAUUAGUUCCUACAAGUCACUUGUUACGGAACAAGAAUCAGUAAUUAGUGCUCUUCGAGAAGAGGGAGACUCAGCUCAUAAGUUAGUGAUCACUCUUAGAGAAGAUGUGAACAAGAGCAAAGCUGAAAUCUCGCGGCUCGACAAAGACUUUGUUAGUCGGGAACAGCUGGAGAAUAGAGAAGCUACAAUAGAAAAACUCACAAGUGAACUAAAUACACAUAAAACAAUGCUUGCUGACCAACAAGCUCUAGUACAGUCCUUAAAAAGUGAAAUAGAUAGUUUUAAAGCCAGUAUAAAUAAAAAUGACAACCAAGAAGAACUCAGCGCUCAACUAAUUACUUUUAAGAAAGAAUUAACAGAAAAAGAGGCAACAAUAAAAUCACUGACCAAUCAAGUUCACAAAUAUGAAGCAGAAGUAAGACAGUUGCAAGACGAGUUAGUGUCAAGUAAAGAACUUGUAUCAAAGUAUACUCAAGAAAUAAAAGAUCACAUAAACAAAAUAACAUCACUAUCCCAAGAAAUAGCAGCUCAAAAACGCAAAAACGAUGAAUUACGUACAAAGAACUGGAAAGUCAUGGAAGCUCUCACAACUACUGAAAAGACUUUGGAAACUAAAAUGAAACAAUCACAUAUAUUAAUAACUGAAGCAGAAGAAAAUGCUAGAUUAGAAGAACAAGAGAAAACCAAACAAUUUCUCUCAAGAACACUUCCACGCAUCACUAUCGAUACCAAGCAGGACUAUAAAGUGUGGCUAGAACAGUUUGUGGAAUGUGCAAGGGAAAACGGCAGCACUAGUUCGACAGAAAACGGUGGGGGAGAAAAUCAUGCGGAAAUGUUGGCAGAAGUGGAACAGCAGAACUGCCAACUGCAGGCCAUGGUGACACACUACAAGAGUAUCAUUGCUGAUACAGAAGGGAUGCUCAACAGAUUACAGAGUCACGUAGAGCAGGAGGAGGGUCGCUGGGGACAACAGAUCCAAACAUUAGAGUCACAGUUGGAGAUAGUGAAGCAAGAGAGGGAUAGGCUGGAGGCAAGUGCAAGGAAUGGUGUUCCAACAAAGGAUAGUGGUUGCCAGACGCAACUCAAACGUCGGAACUUUGCAGGUUGGCUCAGAAACAAACUGAGAUCGAGGUCGAGACCAAGGUCUAGGUUGAGGCAGCGUCAGAGUCGUCGUCGGUCACUCAGCUGCACUUCAGGUCAUCAAUCAUCUUAGCCCUGGGCCAACCAAGACAUAAUGUUUUAGGUGCUGAUUAGAUAGGAUAAUAUCACUAUUAUUGUUAUAUAUUUGUAUAUUAUUUAUUAUAAAAUCUGGAGUAGGAUUGUUUUGUAGCAUAGUUUGUGGAAUGGUAAAAAAUAUUGGUAAUUUAAGUAAAUUUUUUAAGCUGAUUUAAUCUAUAAAGAAAAUUGAAUCGCAAUAUUGCUUUAAACUUUUUAUAUUAUUAUUAUUUUUAAAUAUUCUUGUUUAAAGUCUAACUGGCCAGAAUGAUAUAUUGUUAAAUAGUUUCUUAAUGAGUGUUUGAUGAUCUAGAAUAUAUGAGUUUUUUUAAAGUUGUUAAAGAGAAAUUUUUGUACUCUGUAAUUGUUUAGUAAAUUCUGAAAACCUAAGAAAAUGUCCAAUGACCAAAGGAUUAAUUGAAACAGCUCAUAACUGAUUUCAAAUUCCCCAAUUAGGAAUGCAAAUUUAUGCAUAACAGCCAAAACAAUAUUUUUUUUGUCUUCACACUUAUCUUUGGGCUCUCUUGGUUUAAAAUAUUAUUACUAGACCGAAAUGUUUUUGAGAGGUUGAGCGAGUUUAAUGGCUAGUACCAGGAGACCGAGUUUUGCUCGGAUUGAAUUAUUAAACGUUACAUUUAUUAGAUAAGUUCUUAACUAAAUUAAAGAUAUUUAUUAUGUACGGGUAUCAAUGUGGACACAUUUAGAUGAUACAACAUUUCAAUACGCCUUUAUAAAAACAUAGAUUGCAAUAAAAAUAACCUGUAUCAGCUGUUUUUAUUAUCUGCAGCUACAAAAACGUAUUGACGAUAACAUGGACACUUUCAAGGGAUGUAGGGCGGAAACUGGAUUUUUCCCAGCCUUGUGACCAACUCCAAUUGAUUUCUUGUGGCCAAAUACGCCAUAUUAAACAACAAAACUAAAAAUCCUCGGACGAAAAUAAAAGUUUGUCCGUACACACGCUUGUUUUAGAGUAUAGGAUACUGAAUUUGCUUAUUUAUAUUGAGGAAAACGAGGGUUACCGGUAACGACGGUAACUUAAAAACAAGUAGCUUUAACUCCAAAUUGGAUUAUUGCUCAUUUGUCAUUUGUUAGUAUGAAUGUGAUUGGAACAUUUUUAGUACCUGAGUCUGUCCACAAAUCAUCAAUCAUCAAGAUGAUCCUCAGCCAUGGUCCAGUGGAUUCCCUCUCUUUCGCGCUUGUAAUUUUUCCUGCUCCAGUUUAUUGCAUUUUAUUUUUUCUGCCCAACUUGCUGCUACGACUGGUCUGCUUUGGUUAACUUUUAGUAUCUAUGUUUUAUUAAAUGCAACCCCUAUUUUUACAUUGUGCAAUCCUUUACAACGUAAUCAUUUGAUCAACAUAGUUGCAAUCAAGGUAUGAUAAGGUUGAUUCCUGUGCUUUAGCAAGUCAAUAUUUAGAUGUAGGACUUUGGUUAAUUUUUGCAUGCAGAUUGGCGGACAAAUAUCCUCGAUUGGGUAUUUUAAAAUGCCCAAAUGAAUAAUAUUUUUUAAAUGAGUAACAUUAUUAUUGGCUUUUAAAGAGUUGUGUUGUAUUUUUUUAAACCAAUGUAAAAACAAGUUUCACACAAACUGUGUUCUGGUUCUGUAUCUAAUUUACGUCUUUAAAGAAACCAAAUCUGACCAUACUAAUUUACGAACAAUUAAUAUAUUUUACUUAUCACAUAAAAGAUUUAGUUGAUUAGUCUAUUAAAAUAUUAUAUAUAGCAUGUUCCUUAGUAACUUUAUACCAUGUUUUUAUCCAGUUAAUAGAAUACCUUUGUAAUGAACUUCAUAAAUAAAACAAAUUGAAAAUCAUGUAUAA